CUUCAGUCCGGCUGCGGAUACUGACCCUACGUCAUCCGGCUGCGAAUACCCCCCCUUACUUCAGUCCGGCUGCGGAUACUGACCCCUACGUCACUGACGUAGCUGACUGGGAAAAAUGCCCUGGAUCUGGAUCUGAAUCGUCCAAUGAUGACGAUGCCGUUCAUGAAGAAAUAAAGAUCCAGUCCCACAUGAACAAUGUGGCGUCAGGGCAUGUUUGUAUUGGUGUUGUCCCCAGCGGGAAACCUCCUGUGGAAAAGGAGUCUAUGCAGACCAGACCUCUCAAACAGAAGAUCCCACGUGCGGCCACCAUCCGUGUCAGCAGGAGAAAACAGGCAGCAGCGAGCGGUGGUGCUACCCAGGCAGCAGAGUCCUCUCGUAGGGAGAAUGUGGUGUCCCGAUCCAGCUGGCUGGAUGUAUGGAAGGGCCGCAGGCACAAUGUUCUGUGGGCCACCCUGGAUGGACCGUUGGUAUCACUUUGGAAGAAACGCACAGACAAGUUCACAGACCUAGUGUUCCAUGUGUCAAGCAUCACCAAUGUCUGCAAGCAGGACAAAGGACGCUUCUCCCUUUACUUCUGCAAGAAGCACUUUGAGUUCAUGGCGCACAACAAAGCGGUGCAGGAGGGCUGGGUGACGUCCCUCCUGUCCUCUCGUGGAUGGGACCCUCCAGCCCCUCCGGAGCAGCAUGGAGCCCUGACCAUGAAAGACCCUCGCAGCAACAAAGUGUAUGCUGCCAUCUGUGGACACAACCUAUGGAUCUACAACAAUAAAGAGGACUUCCAGUUGGGGGUUGGGCUGACCUAUGUGUCCAUGAACGUGGCUUCAGUGAAGCAGACUGGCCGUCAUAACUUCAGCCUCAUCACACCGUACAAAACCUUCAAUUUCUCCACAGACUCGUCGAAGGAGCUGGCUGUGUGGCUGGGGAGUCUGAACCAGGUGAUCCUCAGUGCCCUGUCAUGCAGCGAGGUGGCCCACCGACUCUGGGCCAGCCCAUGGAACAAAGUGUGUGCCGACUGUGGRAGUGCCAACCCCGAGUGGGCCUCAGUUAACCUGCUGGUGGUCGUCUGUGAGGCCUGUGCAGGUCAGCAUCGCUCUUUGGGCAUCCAUGUCUCCAAAGUCAGAAGCCUGAAGUUGGACAGUAAAGUGUGGACCGAACCUCUGAUUCUGCUAUUUGUCCAUUAUGGGAACAAAGCAGCCAAUAAUGUAUGGGGUCACAACGUACCGGGUGCAGAGCAGAUCCUGCCAGACUCCUCUGUGGAUCAGAGGGGGGACUUCAUCAGGGCCAAGUACACCAAGGGCCGAUACAGAUUCACCCAUCCUCUAGCCUCCAGCCAGAGACUGCUCAACCAGAGGCUGUGCGAGGUGGUGUGUGGCCCUAAUGUCCCAGAGACCAUGUCAUGCUGUGUUCGGGCCCGGGUCCUGUGCCACUCAGGGGACUCUCAGUGCCCCACGCCCAUCUCCCUGGCAGAGCGGGCUGACAGGCCAUGCAGAGGGACUGCUCAGACACAACGAGUACACAGUACUAACAUCAGGGGUCCUCUAAGAUCCACAGAUACUGACAUCAAAGAUCCACAGAUACUGACACAAAGAUCCACAGAUACUGACAUCAAAAGAUCCACAGAUACUGACAUCAAUAGAUCCACCAGAUACAUGACAUCUAAGAUCCACAGAUACUACAUCAAAGAUUCCACACGCUGCUGUUGUUGCUCCUUUGAUAGUCUCAACUUAUGCCCCUGCCUUAUGUUCAUCAGGUGCCGCAGAGGACCUGCAACCUCUGACCCUCCUUCUGCUGCAGGAGAGGAGGAGCUCCAUGGGAAGUUGGAGGAGGACCGCUUCUUGUUCUCCCAGGAGAAUGACUCUGCUGCCUGUGAUGUUCUGGACCUGAGGGAGGUCGUCUCCAUUUUCCACAGCUCCAACGGAUCGACWCAUGAGUUUGAAAUGGUGACUCUGACGGACCAGUUGGUGUGCUAUGCUGACACCGAAGAGGAUCUACUGAAUCACCUGCUUCAUAUUCUCAGGGUGGUGUUGCCCGGGCCCAUAGAUGAGGAGGAGCUGGACGGGGUGUUUGCUGUGUCCCGGGUGUCUCUGAGGGAGGGAGGAGGCCUGCAGCACACUGAGGUCUGGGCAGUGCUCCGUGGAGGUCAGGUCCUCGUCUAUCCUACUGACCAGCAGCGCCACAGAGAGAGGCUAACACUCAACCCUGAGACUCAAUACAAGAUAGAUUCCUCUGAGAACACCAUAGAGCUGGUCACUGGAGAGAGAACCAUGUCCAUGCAGUUUGAACGAGACCACAGCUGUCAGUCCUGGCACAGCCUACUGAAACGGGCAGUGACCACAAAGAGGAAGCAGCGCCCAUCACUGUACCAGCUGCCACCCAACGCCAUUGGCAAUGUGCCCCCUGCCAUUGAGAGGUGUAUCUCACACAUCACACAAUAUGGCCUGAAGGUGGAUGGGCUGUACCGGCGCUGUGGCUUGGCCACUAAGGUCAGCAGUCUGGUGGAAGCCCUCAGCAGAUCACCUAAAACUGCCCCUCUGGAGAAAGAUGAACAGGGUCUCCUCGACGCUGCAGGGGCCCUGAAGCAGUAUGUCCGCCAGCAGGUGGUGCUCAUCCCUCAGACACAAAGGGAACUGUGGGUCAAGGCUGCAGCCCACACUGAAGAGACCCUUAGACUGGCUACCUACCGCAGACUCCUGAAGAAGAUGCCCCCUGACAACAGAAUCACACUCAACGCCCUGUGUGGACACUUCUACAUAGUUCAGCUGUACAGUGUAGAGAACCGUAUGACAGCUCAGAACCUGGCGCUGGUGUUUGUCCCAACACUGUUCCAGGAGCUGGCCAUGAACACAAACAUGGUGCGCCUCACCAUGGAACUCAUCAUACACCACACACUCAUCUUCCUGGGUAAAGAACAAGAGUCUGACAUGGAGAGUGAAGAACUCAUAACAAAAUUAUAGAAAAAAUCACAUGUGUAUAUUUGGCUGUCAAAGAAAGCUUAUAUUGGAAAUAUAUAUUUGGUUACAUAGUGCCCCUAGUUACAUAGUGUAGUCGUUUUCACAACUUCUUUGAACUACACAUUUAGGCCACGGACUGGAUUAAACGUCUUUAUUCUGCUACAUUCAACUUGGGUUUAUUGUAAUUUAGGUGAUGGUAAAUAAUAACAAACCAAGCUCAUAUUGUAUGUUGUUACAGUGCCUUCAGAAAGUAUUCACACCCCUGGACACAUUUUGUUGCGUUACAGACGGAAUUUAAAAUAGAUUGAAUUGAGAUUUGUUGUCCACUUUGACAUUUA